AUGGCUGAGCUGCAGGCGUGUUUCGUCAAAGUGUGCUCAAAGCAGCUUCCCUGUACGAGGAAUGGGGACGGAUUUAGCAGUGCGAGGGCUGAUGAUGCACUUUCCAGGUUCAACAUUGACUUUGUUGUAUCUCUGCUGAGGCAAGAAAAUGCUAAAGACAUUUGUGUCAUCCAGGUAUCUCCAGAACUAAGAUACUGUGAAUAUUUUAUAAUUGUGAGUGGAUCUUCAACACGACAUCUCCAUGCAAUGGCAGAGUACAUGCUGAAAAUGUAUAAGUGUCAGAAAGAAGAAGGUGAUUCUCAUAAUCUCAUCCUCUGGAUUUGUGAUGGGAAUAAGGAUAAGCAGGUGACCGCGGGUAACAUAGUGGUGCAUUUCAUGCUCCCAGAGACGAGAGAGAGGUACGAAUUGGAAAAGCUCUGGACUCUCCAUUCCUAUGACGACCAGUUAGCUCAGAUGAUGCCACAGUUGCUGCCAGAAGACUUUAUACUGGGACUUGCUCCCCAAGAGCAGUGA